GCGCACCUUUCACCGUACGUAGCCGCCAUAGCGUGCACAUGCCUAGCGCGUCCGCACGCACGUGCACGCUGUUGGCGGGCGCGCACGCAGCGCUGCACCUCGGUUGCGCACCUUUCACUUUUCAGGCGUUGCUAUUGAAAAGAGUAAACUCCAUUCGUGCGACGGAGCUGACACACUUUUUUUACACUAUUUAACUACUUAUACAAAAAGAUAUUUUUACGGAGCUUUUUAUUAGGCGAACACGAUUAAAACUAAAACUUUAAACUCGUUAAUACUUUGACAGAAAAGUAACGUGGAGGCAUGUCCAUAAGUAAUUAGUCUGAGAAUUAGACUUCAUGUGUUCAUGUUGUCAACUUGUCAAGUCAAACUCAAGUUUCCGUUUUUAUCUGUGGACAUAGCAUCUUCAUCUUCAUUUGUGGUCUGUGAUCUUCAUUCGUUCGUUCGUUUCGUUUAGAAUAUCGCGCCUCUUUUGUGUUUAUUGUUUUUCUCAAAUGUCAAUCCCAGUUUUAAAUUUUAAUACCAGUAGUUUAGACUGUUUUAUUAUAUUUUUUUGUUUAAAUUUCCAUAAUUAUGAGUGACGACGAUGUCACCAUCAUGGAAGUGGACGAACCGGAGCCCAAACCCGCGGCGAGCAAGCCGGCGGCGGCGCCGAGCCGCGCGUCGACGUUGCCGUGGAUAGAGAAGUACCGGCCGCAGACGUUCGCCGACAUCGUGGGCAACGAGGACACGGUGUCGCGGCUGGCGGUGUUCGCGCGCGCGGGCAACGCGCCCAACAUCAUCAUCGCGGGCCCGCCCGGCGUGGGCAAGACCACCACGGUGCUGUGCCUGGCGCGCGCGCUGCUGGGCGCGGCCUUCCGCGACGCCGUGCUCGAGCUCAACGCGUCCAACGACCGCGGCAUCGACGUCGUGCGCAACAAAAUCAAGAUGUUCGCACAGCAGAAGGUAACGUUGCCAGCAGGCCGGCACAAGAUCGUGAUCCUGGACGAGGCGGACAGCAUGACGGACGGCGCGCAGCAAGCCCUGCGCCGCACCAUGGAGCUGUACUCCAGCACCACGCGGUUUGCGCUGGCCGCCAACAACAGCGAGAAGAUCAUCGAGCCCAUCCAGUCGCGCUGCGCCGUGCUGCGCUACACCAAGCUCUCUGAUGCGCAGAUACUGGCCAAGGUUAUAGAAGUGUGUGAGAAGGAGCAGCUGUCGUACACGGAGGAGGGCGCCAACGCCGUAGUGUUCACGGCGCAGGGCGACCUGCGCGCGGCGCUCAACAACCUGCAGUCCACUGCGCAGGGCUUCCGCCACAUCAGCCCUGACAAUGUGUUCAAGGUGUGCGACGAGCCGCACCCGCUGCUGGUGCGCGGCAUGCUGGAGGCCUGCGCGCGCCGCGACCUGCCCGCCGCGCACAAGGUGAUGGCGAAGCUGGUGCGGCUGGGCUACGCGGCCGAGGACAUCAUCAGCAACGUGUUCCGCGUGUGCAAGACGCUGGACGCGCCCGACGACCUGCGCCUCGCCUUCGUGCGCGAGGUCGGGCUCGCGCACGUGCGCGCCGCCGACGGGCUCGGCUCGCCGCUGCAGCUGGCGGCGCUGCUGGCGCGCAUGUGCCGCGCCGCGCCCUGACGAGCCGCUUCAGUGUGGAUGUGUGCAUGUACUGCGCUACGUAGUGAGCUGACAGUUUAGUGAUUGUGUGAUAAGAUACUUACUGUGUGAUGUCACGAACCAUGACAAAAGUGGGAACAAUUAAAUCAACUGUAUUUCUUGAGUGAGACUCAAUAAAGAUUGUUAACUAAUUUGCUGUAAUCGAAAAAUAUUUAAUAUUUUUGAAAACAUAUUGUUAAGUUUCUCUCAGUUGUAAUAUAUUUUUCUUGCAUGAAAA